AUGAAGCGGCAGAGGCCGCCGUCGUACGCGGACGACGACCCGGACAGCGACAGGCGGAGGUUCUACGACCGCCCGCCCUCCUCCCCCCCGCCGCCGCCGCCGCGCCGCCGCCCCGACUACGAGAGCGACGAGCUCGACCGCCGCAAGGCCCUCGGCGCCGGCGGCAGGUUCCACGACCACCGCUACCGGGACCCCUCCGCGUCGCCGCGGGGGCACUACGGCGCGAUGCACCGCUCCGAGAGCUUCUCCGGGUUCCGGCGGGACGGCUUCCGCGACCGCGACCGCGACCGACCGCGCUGGGACGGGGCCGGCGGCUCCGCGUGGCGCCGGCCGAGCGGCGGCUGGAGGGACCCCCACAACGGCGUGGACGGCCACAGGUCGGCCGCCAGGCGGCAGGCCCCGUCGCCGCCCACGCCGCCGCGGCGAUCUCCCAGUGAGCCCAGGCGGAGGGUGGAUGCUGCUGCCAAGUCCAGGAAGCCCACCUGCGGCGCCAGCGAGAUCGAGGAAGGGGAGGUCGCGCCAGAUCCCGGCACCAAGGCCCCGCACGCUGCGCCGGAGCAUCACAAGCGGGCUGACUCGAUCCGUGCCGAUGACAGAUGCGAGCCCAAGAAAGUGGAAUCUUCUCGACCGAGACUACGAGUGGAUUUCAGAACUCAAGCUGCGCACAACUUGGAACGGAAGAGCGGGGAUGCUACGCCGGUUGCAGAAGAAGGCAAAGUAAAGAGUGCACAGCAUCAGAAAUCGGCAUCUGAUGCCGCAUCACAAAAGGUUGGCGGAGGAGACGAGGCUCCUCCCAGUGCCGUCGAUCAAGGUGGACAGACCACUUCUUCCUGUAUGCGGCAGGAGGAACUGGUUACACGGCCUGAUACCGCCAAUGCUUCUAACAUGGGUGGGCAGAGCACUUCGUCUGGUACACUGAAGGAGACUGCUCAGGAACAAGUGACAGCACAAGAUGAAACUGCAUCACGCGAAGAUGAAACUGCCGUUGCUGUCGAUGAAGUUGGCCAGGGCACUUCAUCUAGCAUACAACAAGAAAAGACACAGGAAGGAGUGACGCCGUUAGGUGAGAUUGCUAAUGAUGUCGAUGUUGUUUGCAAGGGCGGUUCGGCGAGUAUGCUGCAGGAAGUUCUUCCCGAAGAAGCGAGAGAUAGAGAUGCCGAUGUCAGUGACGGUGUUGGAAAUUGCACUUCAUCUGCUACCCUGCAGGGGGACAUGCAGGAACAAGCAAACAUAGUAGCUGCCAAUGUUGUUGAUGCGCCGAGAGAGGUCAGUUGUUCCAGUGUGCUGAAGGAAGCGAUGCAUGAAGGAGACAUCCUGCUAACAGCCAGUACAAUUGAUGUGGCAGGACAGAACAAUUCAUCUGGUAUGCCGGAGGAAGCAAUUCAUGCGACAGUAUCCCCGCAAGAAGGAACUACUGAUGCUCUUGAUAUAGCUGGAAAGAGCAGUUCUUCUACUCUGCUGCAGGAAGAGGUCAUUACUCCUCUGUUUCAAGAGACUCAAGAAAUUAAAGAAACUAACAUUGAAAGUAUGAGUGGUAAGAAGACGGAUGAAACAACUGAAUCUGUCGCACCCCAGCCAGUGGAAGAGGGACAUGAGAGCUAUACUUGUGAAAGUAUGGCUGCAUUUGGUGAAACCGAAGUCGUACACAAAGAGGCAGUUCUUGAGCAUGAAAUACUCGCAGAACAAGUAAAACAUGCUGAUCUAGAGGCCAACCUAGUAGGUACUAGUGUUUUCCUUCAACCACCUAAGGACCAUAUUACGGACAGUAAGGAAGAGGGCAUGACUUUGGAUCUGAUUACGGUGAAGCCAAGGGCUGAAGAUAAAGGAAAGGGUAUAGCAUUUGAUGUGCUUAAUAAGGCAGGUACUGCUAGUUUAGCUGAGAGAAGUUUUGACUUGGGAUUGCGCCCCCCUGACAUGGACCAAAAAGAUUCAUCGGAAACUGCAAGAGUUACUUCUGUAAAGAAGGAAGACGACACUCUCAAGAUAGGGAGACUUGAUCUUUCACUAAGCUUGUCGGGUGGUUUACAGAAUCCUGAAUUCAAAUCCUUCAUUCCCAGACCUGAUUCUCUAGCCCAUGGACCAUGCUCUCAGUCAUCAUCCUCAUCAUCGUCAUUCUGCACAAAUUCAGAUGGAAUAACAGCUUCCAUACCGUUGACCAGUUCUACACUAGUUCACAAUCCUAGUUUCUCACUUACCCAACAGCCAUUGGACAACUGUGAGCAUUCAGUAGGCAGUAAACCUUUGUUUCAAGGAGCUGAUAAGGUGGGCAACAACACAGGAUGGCAAACUCAGUUGUCAGCAAACAGAUCUACUGAGAAAGGGGAUGCUACCCCACUACUUCAGAGAGUACUCCAAAAUGGUCAUUUAUCAGAUAAUACUUUCAUUGGUGCGAACAUGCAGAACAAUGGGAUCUCACACGUCUUGUCACCCACACGGAAUCAUGGUUCUCCUGAUGCUGGACCAGAACAUAAUAAACAAAGAAGGCAGCUCACGAGAGAGAGAAGUAGCAGCAGUCUUUCAAGGGGUGAGCGGCAGCACGAGGAGCGGCUUGUGCUGAAUGGUGCUGGUGUUGUUGAGAAGGUUAUUUCCAAGAUUGUUUCGGAACCUCUGAAUUAUACAGCAAGGAUGUUUCAAGAGAUGACAAGUAAUUCUAGAGCAUAUUUGAAGGAGGCCAUUUCUGAGAUCAUAAUUGAUGCAGGUAAAAGAGAACAGGUAUUAGCAUUGCAGGAAGCACUUAAAAAACGAUCAGACUUGAAUAGUGAAAUAUUGCAAAGGUGUCCACGGGUGUUGCUGGAGAUACUUGUUGCUAUAAGGACUGGUCUUCCGGAUGUUAUAAAGAAAAGUGGUAGCAUUGCUACAUCUGAUUUAGUUGACAUUUUUCUGAAUUUGAAAUGCCGCAAUCUCUCAUGCCAAAGCGUUCUACCAGUGUCUGAUUGUGAUUGUAAAAUUUGUCAACAGAAGACUGGUUUCUGUAGUAACUGCAUGUGCAUUAUCUGCUUGAAGUUUGACAUGGCAUCUAAUACAUGUAGCUGGGUAGGUUGUGAUGUGUGCCUCCAUUGGUGCCACACAGAUUGUGGCUUACGACACUCCCUUAUUCGGAAGGGGGGAAGUGGUUCUAGGGCACAUGGCACUAACGAGAUGCACUUCAAUUGUGCUGCUUGUGGACAUGCAUCAGAGAUGUAUGGUUUUGUGAAGGAAGUCUUUCGAACAUGUGCUAAGCAAUGGAGGAUGGAGGCUCUUAUCAGAGAGCUUCAGUAUGUCGAAAGAAUCUUCUCAGCGAGUGAUGAUGCAAAGGGUAGGAGAGUCAGGAACUUUGUCAAGCAGAUGCUGAUUAAAUUAGAAAACAAGGCCUAUUAUUCUGAAGUCGUCAAAUAUGUCAUUGCAUUCUUUUCUGAUAACAAUCCUAGCCUGGGUAUGGGCAGUGGUCCAUUAGUACCACUGAAGGGCAUUCCAUGUAGCAUUGCUGAAGGAACAAAUGGGAUUCCUAGCUCAAGUCGAACGGCAACAUGGUUACCAUCAGUUACCUUAGAAGGAGUUCCGUUCCUAGAAAAAGCAGGUCUCCUUUCUACCCCUGGGAGCCAAUCAAUGUCUAGAAAAAUGGCUGAAACAGAGCUUCAGGCGGUCAACAGUAAUAAGCCAGUUUCUGAUGAACUGGAUGGCCUAGUUAGGUUAAAGCAGGCUGAGGCAAAUAUGUACCAGGAACGUGCCAAUGAAGCACGUAAAGAAGCUGAGAGUCUGAAACAUGUCGCGAUGCUAAAAUAUGCCCACAUCGAGGAACAUUAUACUACUCAAAUAUCUGAACUCCGCAUAAAUGAGUUACAAGAGAGGCGCAAGCAAAAGUUUGAAGAACUUCAAGUCAUCGAAAGAUCACGCCAUCAAUUUCUCAGCACGAAAAUAAGGAUGGAAGAUAGCAUCAGGGAAUUAAUGUUGAAAAUGGAGGCAGCAAAACAAAAUUUAAGGACAUGAACAAGGUUACUUCCCGUGGUUAGUUACAGUUAUGAAAAGUUGCUGAGCUUACUGAAGGCAGCCUCCGUACUGUGAGGACAAUCCUUUGAGCAUACUGUGGCUUACAUAGCUGGUUGGCAAACGUCCUGUCAUCUUCCUUGAAGAAUUGCUCUUCAGAAAACAAGGAUGCUAGGUGCAAGCAUCACAAAUGGGAGAAUGUGGCAAGAGUGUUUUCGCCUGUGAAUGAACCGAACGGGCAUAUCUUAUUCCUGUGAAUGUACCAAACCAGCUUUGCUGUUCCAGUUUUGAAUUAUGUACGACUUCGUACAAUGGAACAGUCCUGAUUUAAGCCAACAGGUCCGGAAGCUCCUGGGCUCGAAAUUUUACUGGGUGCAAGAUGCGCUGCUGAAGUAUGUUAGAGGCAGGUUGGUGGUAGUCUAUGUAGGGCAUAUAACUGUAUGUGUAAAUUAUGAUACAUUAGUGGUUCUCACUGGGAAGCUGCUUAGGCCAUGUCUGAAUGGCUAACAGAUGUACGGAUUUCUGCUCAUUUUAUCCAAGGCUAUCUCGCCAUACUAAGUAAUUUCUUGAUCUUA